CAGGUUUAUUUGGGAAAAACCCUGAUUAAUUGGAUAAAUGUGUGAAGUCAUCUUUAAGCUUCACAGAUAGUUUAUUGUAAACGCACUAAGCAUGAGCCGAUUACAGACAUUUUGGAGCAGAAAUCGUACGUUGGUAUAUACAGUCAGCGGAUUAAUUCUGGGAUAUUCGUUUGCGAUCGGAAUGAGCUAUCUUCUAUUUUCUGUAGGACAAGAAAAAGGAAGAGGGCAUAUCCAGUCUUUUGCAUUAACUCAACUUAUAAAAGAUUCAAAAGACGAGAUAUUGGAUGUCAUAAUGGACUCGAGGAACUCAACAAGCAAUGAAAAGACUAACGCUUUGAUUAACCAAGGAAUCAUCGCUUUUUACGCAAUUUCAACCAGAGAUAUCGACCUCGAGCAUAGCCAAACAAUAGUUUUUGAUCAUGUAUACACUAACAUUGGUAAAGGUUAUAAUCCGAAAACAGGAAAAUUCAUUGCGCAUUUUGAUGGAUUGUAUCGUUUCGGAAGUACAGGGAUGUCGCAAAGUAAUGAUAUAGUUCAUCUGCAAAUGAACAAAAACGGGUUUGAAGUCGCCCGUAGCACUGCACAACAAAAUUAUAACACUGCUGACAUGGAAGCUAUUUUAGAACUAAAGAAGGGUGAUGUCAUUGAAGUGACCCGUAGAACAAACAGCAAUGAACAGACAGAACGACUCCAUGGUAACAGACUGGCAUCAUUUACAGGAUUCCUAAUAACAACAAUGUAAAUUGUUUAUUACACACAAAUAUAUAUUAGAAACGAACAUUAUAGGACUAUUAAUGCUGGAUAAUGUAGUUUGUAUAGCAACUGUAAAGAGUUCACGCAAAUUUGAUAAAUUUGAAUGCCUCAUGAUCUAUCAUGUUCAUAACGUCCCAUCAAAAUAUAACUGACACACUAAACUCUUUCCAGAUACAAUAUUUUUUUUAAAGGUAAAUAACUUUGAAUUUGAGUGCAAGGUUACUUUUCAUGAAUUCCCAUACAAAAUAUUGAUAAUAUCAUGUACCAGUAUUUGCAAAUCAAGCUAAAAAAUUUGCCCAACUAAAAAUGUAUAUAAAAUAUGAAAACAACAAGUCAUAAAUGUCAUGUGUCCGAAGCGCUUUUCUGGACUUAAAUUUAUCAGGUACGCUCAAAGCCGAAUAUUUGAAAGCCAAGAAUUCUUAAGAACCGAAACAGUUGAAGAACUUUAUGACCGAAAAGGACCUAAACAAAUAGCCAAAUCCAUCUAAGACCAACCUUGCCUACUGGAGAUGAAACCUUAGUUUCAUUGUAAUUUCAAAAUUUAAACGGACAAUUUUAGAAAGAUUUGUUAUAAAAGAGAGGCGAAGGAUACCAAAGGGACAUUCAAACUCAUAAGUCGAAAAUAAACUGACAACGCCAUGGCUAAGAAAGAAAAAGGCAAACAGACAAGCAAGAGUACACAACACAACAUAGGAAAUCAAAGACUGAGCAAACAUAAAUCAUGUCAGUACCUAAGUACUGACCACUGAGCUAAUGAUACCUUCGGGAACUGAUAGUCAGACAACAGAGGUAUCGACUCAGUGCUGUAAAAAUAUGGCAUGUUAGACUGAUAUAUCCCCACAAACCAAAUCCAAAUUCCCUGUCUUUUUAAUUGCCAAAGAAUUGACAUAAUCCGGAAAAAAUAUCCAGAUGACUGGAGCAUGUAAAUGAGGUUAAGACGAUGUGAAUAUAUCAUAUGGACAUAAAGUUUAGGGUCAUAUAAAAUUUGUCAGAUAGACUUAUUAUCUUUACAUAAACCAUUUACCUACCAAA